ACCCAGGACACAUGUUUAUUGACACGCUGAGUGCUGUACAUGAUGGAUGUUGUUGGCUUUAUUUCGCCACGCUGUAGUAUUGGUGCCGUCAGCUGUUCGUGUAUGUUCAAGUGUUCCCGUGGAUCUUAUGGGGUCGCUCUGACCACAGCCUCGACUGCAGAGUCCACUUCGCAUUUUGAGCGACGCCCCCAAAUUCCGUGCAGAGUGUUUGCAGACCCUCCGGGACGGAGAGGUGGAGGAGGAAUCGGCAGCUCCGCCGUCCAUAUACGCUACAAUCACCACGCCAUUAGUUCAUGACUUCAUCAUAUCUUUGACAGGAGAGCCCUCGCUAUAUUUGUAAGCUCUCCAGGACUCUGAAGCUGCUGCAGAGAAUGGGAAUAGGGACACAGGCCAAGGCUUGCCAUUUUGGCUGAAGUAACAGCAGGACGGUUGUCAACUCCGCAUCGGCUUCAAUCCCCUUCUCCCUUACCUCUCCUCCCACACACACACACACACACACACACACACACACUCACGCAUACACGCACACAAGGACAGACACCCCCCAUACCCAGCCACUGCUAUGUCCACUGCAGUAGACAUCGCUGGCCCUUCCUCCCCAGAUCAGGCUCACAGCAGCGCUAAAAUCCCCAAUGAGCCACUGAGACCUAGCCUUAAGCGCUCCAGCCACCCCUACAGCCUCUCUCAUUACAUCUCCACCCCUUCCCCAGCCGUAGAUGUCAAAGGCCUGAUCCAGCCCUCCCCAACCGAGCAGCGGGCCGCCCAGCCCGGGCACGCUAAGCCUCGCCGGGCCCCCUCCUGGCCCGACAUGUGGGAGUCGCCCAGCGGGCUCCACCUGGCCCAUGCCGCAGAGCUGCUGAUGCGGGCUGGGCUGCUGGCUCUCACCCCCGCCACCACAGAGCAGGCCAGCCUGGGUGCACAGAGCAGCCAGCCGGCUAAAAGAGAGGCCGCGGAGGCGAAGGGGGGAAAGGCCGAUGGAGAGGGAGGCGCAUCCGGGCCGGAGGAGGAGGAGGAGGACUCCCCUGGAUGUGGCACUGACUUCCAACCCUUCCUAGGUGCGUGGUUCCCCUUCAGCCCCGCUCUCUUCCCCCUGGCAGGCUUCCAGAUGGGGGGAGGCCACUGGAGAAGCACGGCCAUGGGAGCCGAGGGCAUAGAGGGGCUGGUGGCCGAGGGCUACUCUCCCGGCUCUCUGGGCGGAGGCAGCGGAGGGAGAAGGAAGAGGAAGAGGUGUGGGGAGUGUGUACCGUGCCGGCGUCAGACGAACUGCGAACAGUGCAGCAGCUGCCGCAAUCGCAAGAGGGGACACCAGAUCUGUAAAUACAGGAAGUGUGAGGAGCUGAAGAGGAAGCCUGGGGGGGCUGGGUUUGAGAGCAGAGUGUCUGGGUUUGAUCUGAGGGGGUCCGACUUUACUUUGGGCCUGGCACAGGAGAGAAGCAACGGAGCCUUGGAUGGAUAGUAAUGCUUGUGGCGGCAGCAUUUGUCAGAGGAUCCUGGUUGGAUGAUUGUUGAAGAGCUGCAGUUUAACACACAGCACAGGACACCAUGUUAACACGCUCAGACUGUGGUUCAAAGAUCUUCUGAUCUCGUGUUUUUAGUGAGGGGCUGCAGCUCCGUUUAAGAAUGUCCACACUCGUUCCCAUCCUUUCUUUUGACAAUCAGUGAAUUGGAGAGGAGAGAAAGAAGGAUACCAAUGUGUGUCAAUAUUUAGAUGACGACAAAAAAUGCUGUAAAUAGACUGUAAAUAUCUGGAAAACAUUAUGUCUUUUUUACAUUGCUUUCCAGUUUGGAUGUAUUGUGCUUCAACAUAAAAGGAGCCAAAUGUUUUGUUUCUAUUGGGGAGUUCUGUUUCUGUUGUUCUGACGUCACUGCAUCAGUAAGAAAUGAAUGAGUUCAGCCUCGGCUAAAUUAUUUCAUGUGCAACUUGUACUGUAUAGCUCUGUUUGCCCUUUUGAAAUAAAAGAAAUUUGCCAUGUG